AUGGACGACUCUCAGCGCUCGGAUGAGUUUCUGUACCAAGCUAGGAGUUCGGUAGAGCCUUUACAGAUGGAAGAGAAGGGGGAGGAGGAGACACAUCGGCUGGCGAGUUUGAGCGACAAGAGAAAGGCGGCCUUGCUGGGGCUCUUUGCAUUAGCCAACUUUAUCGACCUGGCCAAUUCCACUGGUGUAGCGGUCGCUGCGGAGGAAAUCGCAAAAGAUACGGGGUUAAGCACGUCUCAGGUAGUCUGGACUAUCACAUCUUACUCUCUCACCUUCGCAUCGUUCCUGCUCUUUGCCGGUCGACUCUCAGACCUCUACCCAGCUGAAUACGUCUUUGAAGGAGGUUUCUUGGCUUUGGGAGUGUUGAGUCUCAUUACUUCUUUUGUCACGCACAGCAAGUAUGCCUUUCUGGUCAUGCGAGGACUCGGUGGUAUGGCAGGAGCGAUGAGUAACCACCUUGUCGUCCACAUGUACCCCAACCUCACCGAACAAGCUCCCAAGCUCGCCAUCCUUAGUAUCGCUGGCGGUGUCGGUAACGUCAUCGGCUUCAUUCUAGCGGGGCUGUGUAUGCUCGCGUCAUACGAAUGGUUCUUCCGCCUCAUCGCCAUCCUCUGCCUCUGCUCCACCGCCCUAUCCAUCUACUUCCUUCCCCACACCUGGCCUUUGAUUCCUGCUCGCCACCCUCGGUCGCAUGAGGACAGCGUCCCCAAUUGGCGCAGGAUGGAUAUACCAGGGGUGGUGAUGAUGAUGGGUUUCUUGGUCUGUCUGAUCUUGAGUCUGACGCAGGGGCCGAUAGAUGGAUGGGGAGCUGCGAGCUUUGUGGCGCCAUUUAUCGUCAGCUGGCCUCUCAUCAUCGGGUUCUUUGUCUGGGAGUCCAAGAUCCCGGCCAACACUGCCAUCCUCCCCAACACAGUCUGGAUGAUCACAAACGCCAUCAUCGCUUCCCUUGCAACGCUCAUCCCCAUGGGCUUCUACGGCACUUCGCAGCUCUUGUUCGCCAACUACUGGCAAAUCGCUUUCAAUUGGAAACCUUUGCAUACCGCUGUGGCACUGUUGCCUCAAGGAAUCGUGGCCCUCGUGACUGGAGCGCUUGUCAAAAGUAUACCCGCGUUGGUGGAUAAACCCCGUUGGAUCAUUCCCGCCUCUGCCCUCCUCAUCGUAGGCGCCGAGAUUCUUCAAAUCACCUCCUCCGGUGGUGAAGGCGUCAAAUACUGGUCCCACCUCUUCCCAGCCUUCAUCCUAGGCAGCGCAGGGAGUAUGGCAAUCAUGAUUGCGAGCAGUAUCAAUUUCGUCAGGAUGUGUCCGCCCGAGAUGGCUGGUGUUGCUGGCGCUUGGACUGGUGUUGUCUUCCAAGUAGGAGGGGCUAUAACCCUCGCCGUACAAGCAGGCCUCGAAUCGCCCAACCCCACUACAUUCAUGGACUCGGGUGCGAAAGCGUACUAUUUCAUCAUCGGGUGGACGGUCGUGCUGGCAGGUGCUUAUGGGGUGUUUUACAGGACGCCCAAGUCGGUUGGGGAGGAGCAUGAGGAGGCGAGGAGGCGGAUUGGGAGUGGCCCGAGUGGGGCGAGUUUUGGACAGGCUUGA